CUGAUAGGGGGAAGAGGCACAUGCCGGUUCAGUUCACUCAUUCACUUUCUCAUACAUAUUUCUUCUACUCACACUUGCUCAAAGCUCUGCAGGCAGAGGCAGUCUCCUAGAUAGAAACAGCUCUGCUGGGGGGGAAAUUCCUUUUGGCUCCCAAAGGAAACCAGGGUGCAAUCAGAGUCCUCAAUCUGUUCCUUUGAAGAAACUUACAGGGAAAGUGUUGCAACAUGAAUGGACCCGUGGAUGGCUUAUGUGACCAUUCUCUGAGUGAAGAAGGGGCUUUCAUGUUCACUUCGGAGUCUGUAGGAGAAGGGCAUCCUGAUAAGAUCUGUGAUCAGAUCAGUGAUGCUGUGCUAGACGCCCAUCUCAAACAAGACCCAAAUGCCAAGGUUGCUUGCGAGACUGUCUGCAAAACUGGGAUGGUUCUACUCUGUGGGGAGAUCACUUCAGUUGCCAUGGUGGAUUAUCAGCGUGUAGUCCGGGACACCAUCAAACACAUAGGCUAUGAUGAUUCAGCCAAAGGCUUUGACUUCAAGACCUGCAAUGUGCUAGUAGCCCUGGAACAACAAUCUCCAGAUAUUGCCCAGUGUGUCCAUUUAGACAGAAAUGAAGAAGAUGUGGGUGCUGGAGAUCAGGGUUUGAUGUUUGGCUAUGCCACAGAUGAGACAGAAGAAUGUAUGCCUCUCACCAUUAUACUUGCUCAUAAGCUCAAUGCCCGGAUGGCAGAGCUGAGGCGCAUGGGGGUUCUCCCCUGGCUUAGACCUGACUCUAAAACUCAGGUCACUGUCCAGUACACCCAGGACAAUGGGGCUGUCAUUCCAGUGCGCGUUCACACCAUUGUGAUCUCCGUGCAGCACAAUGAGGACAUCACACUGGAGGACAUGCGCCAGGCUUUAAAGGACCAAGUGAUCCGAGCCGUGGUGCCUUCAAAGUAUCUGGAUGAAAAGACAAUCUACCACCUGCAGCCCAGUGGGCGUUUUGUAAUUGGCGGGCCACAGGGGGAUGCAGGAGUCACUGGCCGGAAGAUCAUUGUGGACACUUAUGGAGGCUGGGGGGCACAUGGGGGAGGUGCCUUCUCCGGGAAGGACUAUACCAAGGUGGACCGCUCUGCAGCCUAUGCAGCUCGUUGGGUGGCAAAGUCACUAGUGAAAGCCAAACUGUGUCGGAGAGUUCUGGUGCAAGUUUCUUAUGCAAUUGGUGUGGCUGAGCCUCUCUCAAUUUCCCUGUUCACCUAUGGGACCUCCCAAAAGACAGAGAAAGAGCUGUUACAAGUGGUGAAUAAGAAUUUUGAUCUUCGUCCUGGAGUCAUUGUCAGGGACCUUGAUUUGAAGAAGCCAAUUUAUCAGAAGACAGCAUGCUAUGGCCAUUUUGGAAGAAAUGAAUUUCCCUGGGAAGUUCCCAAGGAGCUCAUAUUUUAAUCUUGGCAGGAAUCAGUCAGUCUCUUGAAGAAAACCCAAUAGGAUUCCACAUUGCAAAAUGGCCCUGGAUUUCUACUCCCUUUGACCACCCUAUAUGCAGAUCAGAGAGCUACACGAUACUGACAGAUUACUUAUUAUCUCUAUAGGAACUGGUUCUGCUAUUCACCAUUGUCCCGAGUUAGUGGCAAAGCCAUACCUAUUCUUAGCAUGUUGCCAUUAGCAGAAGGCUGAGUGGAAUUCAUCUUUCUAGUACUGCUAGGUCAGACCUGUUUGUAAAGAUGAUAAAGAUUUUCCCUCAACUCUUGAUUCUGACCCGGGAAAAUUUGACUGAUUUCAAAGGAAAGGCAUAUAUCCAGGCUGUAUAUGUUUGCCAAUUGCCAGUCCCUUUAUCACUUGGGGGCCAGUGGUGGUAGUGGUAUUUGGAAUUGGGGAGUUCUAGGGUCCAGAUUUAUUUUUCUUACAAUGGCAUCCUGUGUUCUUUGUAGAUCAGUCUCCCUUACUUGCCAUAUACCAAACACAAGGAUUUCCCAAAUGGGCCAAUGUCCCAAAGAUUUGGCCUUAUAUUUGCGAGAUAAUCCCUACACCUGGGGGUCCCAAGGGAAUUCAUGAAUAGAUUUCCUGAAAAGACCUACAUCUUUAUUUUCACCAACCUCUGACUGAAAUAUACACCAUUUUCUAUAAUGAUUUAAAGACAUUAUUCUGAGAAGGGGUCACUAGGCUUCAUGCCCAAGGGACAAUUAAGAACACCUGAACUACACUGAAAAGUUUUUAUCUAGGGAGGAUGUGUGAUGCAAAGAAGAGGUACUUGGAUCUGGAGAUAGAAGCCCUGACUUUGUCAUUUAGUAUCUCUAUGACCUUAGGCAAAGCGCUUAACUCUUCUGGGCCUCAGCUCCCUCAACUUCCAGUUCUAAAUCUAUGAUCAUAUGAGCCUAGGUACCGUGUCCAACCCAGUUCAGGGUCAUGCUUCUGAAGUCACAGGCCCCUUCCUCUUCAGCCCUCUCUUGGUGCUCUGGGCCAGGUUUCUGUCAAGAAGCAGGCCUCAGAGAAAAAGCAGGUUUGAAUGCUACCCUAGCCCAGUGCCUUGCACAUAAUAGGAGCUUAGCAAGUGUUUAUUGAAUUGACUAGGAAGGGGGACUUCUUUGAAAUAUGUCCACAUCUGUCUGGAGAGAGGCCUGCUGUUUCUACGGCCAAUUGAAAAUCCAUGAUCCUCAUGAUUCAGUGUGUAAAAGGAGACAAGGCCAGGAAGAGAAGCUAAAGAUGUAUUUAUUUCUGUCUCAGGAAUAUUUCACACAAAUUAUACAAUGUGUUAUCUAGCAAGAAUACCCUAGAGGUGGCUUUUGGAGGGAGAGUGGAGAGUAAGAACUGGUGACAAACUAGAAACACUAAAGCAUAGACUAAAACAACUAGGAGGAAACCUUGCUAAUCAAGAAAUCCCCAGGAGCCUGUGUCACUCAAGGGCCAGUUCUGGGGCCCAAUUUCCAUACAGCUGCUGCUGCUGCUGUUAGGAAGAUAAAUCCUGAAAACUCAUGUGGAAGAGACUUAUGUUCCCUGAAGAGGAAACAGCAACGAAGCAAGUUCUUUACUAGAAAAAACACAUCUAUUGGGCACCUGCGUGUUUUUCACGUGAAGGCCUGCCGAGCCCCAAACUGCGAUUGUACUUUCAUCUUCUCACCCGGUACUUUCUAAAGACACAUUGGAGAGAUGAUAGCUUUUAAUUAAAUGCACCUACAGCUUACCGUGAAACCGCGGUUAAUAGGCAGGCCCGUGGUAAAGGUCGGGCUGAUUUUUGAAUGUAUAACGCUAAGCUACACAAAGUAGCAGAUGUAAUAUACCUCAGCUUCUACUCCCGCCUUUUUCUCCCUGAAAUGAAGGUGAAAAUUAACUCAGACACUGAAGAAAGUUCUGAUUUGAAUCAAGGAUGACUAUCAUCUCCAAACUUAAUUCCCUGUUCCUUCAAGGGAAGUUUCUUACCCUGACACCCUAUUGCCCUCACAGCUGUAAACUCACCUGCUUUUCAUCAAUUACUUAACUGCCUAGGAAACUAAAAACUUCCAGCAUCCUUUGGUCAUUGAUAACCAAUAAUGUUCUAUCUUUUAAAUUUCCCCUCACAUCUGCCUAAUCAUCAGUGCACUUUGAAAAAAAAAAAAACAACUGGCCCUAGAGAAAUAGCCAGGAAAAGACUUUCUUUCAGACCUAUAAAUUUCUGAGUAUUUGCCAAGAAUACCAGUAUUAGGCAGCUGACAAAAGACAAGUCACCUAUCUGCUCUGAUCAUUGCUGGCAGGAAAUGUAGUUUGUCUUCACCUUAAUGAAAGGGUUCUGAGAGAUGAAAUUCUAAUGGCAAAGAGGCCCAUUGUCUACUGGAAGAGCAUCUUUGUACUUGUCCUAUGACACCAGCUGAACUUAUUACUAUUAUUUUUCAUAUCCAUGGCAAGAUGUUGCCUGAGUACAGAAGGAAAAUUAAUCUACAAACCCCUCGAGCCAAAAUGGGAUGCAGAAAUGCCAUGCUAUAGCUUAAUAAUAUUUUACCCAAAAGCCCCUGUGCUUCUAACAGGGUGUUACAUUUAGAGCCAGAUUUGGCCUUGGCUAGGCUCUACUUUGGCUAGGUUAAGUGCCAAAGGAGCAAGUGACCUGAUUUUUGUUGACUCUUCCUUUCCAGAAAUAUAAAGAGCACGUUCACUUCUGAGCCUAUUUGCAAUUCGUUGAUUUUUCUACUUUCUUGCCCACCCUCAUCAAAGAUUUUUUUUAAGGAAAGGUAUUUGUGUGAAACUAACAUCUUUCCUUCUUAAUACUUAGCUCCUGCUAGUUCUGUAUAUAAUAAAUAAAAUUUCAAGCAGUAUUAGUCUUGGGCUCACUCUUUGCCAUUCUUCAAAGUCUUCCAGAAUAGAAGAUGGGAAAAAGCAGAAUAACCAGCAAAUCUGCACUUUGAAAUGUAAACAAAGGGGCCAACUUCUGGAUAACCACAAUUUUCUCUGUACUCUAUCAUGUCUAUUCUCCUAUUUUCUCCUCAGAUAUUUCCCCAUGUUUUACAGGUCAUAAUGGUUAAUUAUACAAUGCUGGGUAAAGGCACUAAAUCAAAUUGAACGCCAAAUAUACAAGCUCAAUCCACCAUCAUAUCAUUGUACACAGACUAGUUCACAACUGCUCACUGCUGAAAGGAAUUGAAGGCUGGAGAAAAUGUGAAAAAGACAUUUUGUAACAAGGUCAAGUAAAGGAGAAGGAGUGAACUUGUGGAACUGCUAAUGCUUCCUUGCUUUAGGUUCAAUUUUAACCUUAAUGUCAAAAUACAAAAAUUACGAAUUUUCUAGAAUGAA